AUGCCUUUGUGGAAUAUAGACCAAAGUGAUAUAAACUUAGGAUUAAGCCUUGCUGCUGGGAUUGGGAUAGGAGUAGCAGGGACUUAUCUCAUCCAAAAGCUUGUGAGAAAUGUUCAAGGUGAUGACCAAAAGGAUAAAAAGCCAGUCAAUGUUGUCAAGCCCACCGCGGAUAUCUGGAAGCACGUUGACAUAUAUAGUGGCGCAGAAAUGCCCAUGGAUACAGCAAGAGAGUUGCCUCCCAUAAAGCUGGAAGACACUGGACCUCCACCGUCGACCAUCAUGGCUGAAUGUUUUAAACAAGCAGGCGAUAAGCUGCGGAAACAGAAAAACUACUUGGAAGCCAUUGCUGCUUAUACCGACGGUGCAGAUUGUUGUCCAGCAGAGGAACGAUUCUUGAAAGCAAAGAUCUAUAGAUCCCGGGCUUCCGCCUAUCAGGAAAUGGGAGAUCGAGAAAAUAUAAUCAAGGACUGUACGCUGUCCUUAGCUCAAUACAAUGGAGACCAAGAUGUCUAUAGUAGGCGAGCCGCUGCCUAUAUGCAUUUUGGAAAACUUCAAGAAGCUCUCGGUGAUUAUGCCACCAUUGCCUAUAUAGUGAGGUUCCCAGAGAUCUCGUUACAAGGCAGAAUUCAAGAAAUAACCGAGGAACUGGCUCGGGUGCGUACCGCUGAAUUGUGGGGGUUACAUACUCAUCCACCACCUCCCAAAUAUGUUGUGGACGAAUUUUUGGAAAGAUUCCAUAAUCACCCUUUGAAGGUCGUUGACGGGACUCCAGCGAGCCGCAAUUUUUUCAGUCUGAAGCAAGCUGGUCCGAGUGCAGAAGUGGACUAUAAGGACAGAGCCCUUGUCCAAGCUCAAAGAGAAUUUCUGGCAGGAAAUAUCCUGGCUGCCUUGCAUCUGGAAGAAAAGCAAAUUACUGACUCUACUAAUCCAGAAAAGUACAUGUUAUUAAAGGCAACAGCUUUGUUCCUUUUUGGCUCCUCGAAUGAUGCCAUAGGAUUGCUUCUACAGAUCGAAAUCAAGCCGAAUAUGGACCCGUUGCUAUCUGCUACUAUACUGAUCCAGACCGCUAGUCUCUUAUAUUGGGUGCUUAUACCAGCCCAAGCUCAAGUCUGCUUUGAUCGAGCUGUUGCUCUGGUACCAGAUAAUACCGACGUUUUCUUCCACAGAGGAGAGGAGUAUUUUAAACUUGGUGAUUAUCUAAAAGCCAUCGAGAAUUACAACCAGGCUUUACGGUUCAAAACUGAUUCCAUACCAGCCAUGACUGCUUUAGCUUUGGCACUGUUCCGACAGGCCAACGAGAGUGAUGCCCACUUCAAAUUUAAACACGAAGGUGAUGUCUUGUUCCAAGAAAUGCUUGAGAGGCAUCCAAACCAUUAUUUGGUACACUUUACUUAUGCUAAGGUUUUAACUAACAGAAGGAACUAUCAGGAAGCUGAAGAACAUUAUGACAUAGCCCAUCGUUUAGCUCCUCACAUUGGGCAAAUACUUACCCAUAAAGCCGAAAUGUAUCUGAUGGUGGAUAGGAAAAUCAAAGCUUUAGAAAGCUUAGAGAAAGCUCUUCAGAUCGACCCUUCAUGUGUCAAAGCUUAUGAAAAAAUCGGCUACAUGCAGACAGAAAGAAAUCUAGUUUCAAAAGCCAUGAAGAUGUUUGAAACAGGGAUAAAAUACGCCAUGGAUAGCAGAGACUUCUUCGACCUUUACGCAAUGUACUUCACUGCCAAGAGUAAAGUCUGUGUUGCUGUCAACUUGGGAAUUCCAAUUUCCAUCGACGACUCGGAUGCGAAAAGAUUGUCACCCAUAUAUAAAUAG